AGCAGAAGAAGAGUCAACCAAGGUCACGUCGAGGUCAAGAGAUGCUAGACCAUCUCGAGGGCAAAGACAUCUCACCUUCAUAACGAGAUAAUCGUUGUCCUCAUGCGCGCCGCAGUAUAGACCUCGUAUUUUGUAGUCGCCGAUGGGAAGCGCUUCGCUCUUGUUCUGUCUGGGCUUUGCGUAUCGUGGGACGGAGUGGAGAAGGACAGAUAUUGGCGAAACAAAACAGGAUGCCUCUACCUUUGUGGGCUCGACUCGAAGCACCUUGGUCGAUGCGACGACUGUUUUUCGAGGCCUCGGCGCAGAUCAUCCAAGAUCAUCAAGGGCAUGGCGGGCCUUACUCAUCACGCUUCUCCGCCUGGAUGUUCACGACUUAGCGCCACAAGGCUGAGGGAGGCUCCCUCGCUUUCGUCCCCGCCUUCGAAUUUCCACUCUCCAAACUUUUCACCCUCACCGACGCGCAAGGAGCCAGGGGCCGAGACUCGCUAUCCG